GAAUUUCAUUUUUUUUUCCUUCCUCUUUUUCCUUUUAUACAUAUUCACAUAAUGGCUGUUGAACGUUUGUAUAGCAAGGGCCGUGUUUUGGGCUACGAACGUGCCAAGCGCAACCAAAAUCCCAACACCUCUCUUAUCCAAGUGGAAGGUGUGCAAACCACCAAGGAUGCUCAAUUCUACCUCGGUAAGCGUAUUGCCUAUGUCUACAAGGCCAAGCGUGAAGUCAAUGGUUCCAAGGUCCGUGUUAUCUGGGGUCGUGUUGCUCGUACUCAUGGUACUAAUGGCGUUGUCAAGGCUCGUUUCCGUAACAACUUGCCUCCCAAGGCCUUUGGUGCUUCUGUCCGUAUUAUGCUCUAUCCUUCCAACAUUUAAACAUUCUUUUAUCAUCGAUAUUGGUUUUUAUUUUUUUGAACCAAUUUGUACAUGCAAUAAAAAAAUAAAUGUUGAUUAUAUUAUUCACGAUUGAUUUUUUUUUUUUUGGUGAGAUUAGAUGGGAUCAUAGUUGUGAAAUAAUAAUAAAAUGGUUUUAUU